AUGUGGCCAUCAACAAGUACAGGAAAUUUACCGGAAUAUGUUGUAGUGGCAUAUCCAGGAGUAGUAAGAAAUGCUGAGAAGGCGAUCGAAACUUUGGGUGGAGCUCAAACUCUUAGCAUGAACCAUUUUGCUGGUCGUCCGCUUGAACUGCGACAUAACCCAAAAAAUCUCUACACAAAUGCUUUGGUAUCAGAGAGAGGAUCAGCGGAGAAAUCAUUCGGUGGUACUGGGACAGUAUUAUGUGUUGCAACUGUACGGCGCAAAAAGUCAGAUCCGAACUGUGUGCAAGCAAAAGUGAUUGGAAUGGUCUCAACAGUGUACACCUUCAAAUCUAUGUGUGAUUUCCAUUAUUUACCGAUUCGUCAGAGUGAAGCAUUUCCCGGAUGUUUUGAAAAUUUGGUACCGAAAUUGAUACCAUUAGAUCUUCCAGGUGCACUAUCUUGGUGGAACCAACCUGAAAAUGAGCGACGUACACCCUUACAUCUUCCUCCUUAUCAGUUCUCAAGGUACUCAAUACCAUCAUCCAAGUUGUUGUGCAAAGAAACUGAUUUUUCACCGGAGAAAGUGAAACGAAAAAGCGCUGGACACGGGCAAAGUUUACGGUCGGAAAGGAAAGCAUUAUCUAUGACCGUGCAUUCAACUGCUGAGUUUCCGAAACAGCCUACUGAAGAGGCGGUGAAUGAUGCAAACAUUAGGUGUAAAAACGAUGAACCUCAUCGUUUGCUGCAGGAAUUAUUUGAAGAGCGACCAUUGUGGACUAGAGUGGGUAUUCUUAAGAAAACAAGGUUGGAUGACGGCUUAAUAAAAACACUGCUGCAGAAAUUUGCAUUUUACAUUUUGAAUGGACCAUGGGGUCGUUUGUGGUGUCGUUUCGGAUAUGACCCAAGAACCGAUCCAAAUGCAAAACAAUACCAGUCAGUUAUGGUGACGUUUCGGCAACAUGCUAAAAUACCCGAAAGACAGCGUUUGAAAAUUGUAACUAAAAAUAGUGAACGACCAGGUCAUGCGUCGGUCACAAGUGCUUCAUCGCUAGCACCAGCGGUUCCGUCGACAUACGGUUCUCUUACAGAUGAGCAAAUCGAUUAUACGUAUACUCCUGGAGAACUUCCUCGUGUGCGACAAAUGUGGUAUUGCAUAUGUGAUGUGAAACUUCCAAUUGCUGAAGAAAUUGUACGAAAGGAAUUUUUUGCACAUAGUGAAAGGGCUGAUCCCCAAAACGGAUGGCUUCCGCCGAAAGUCAUUGACCGGAUUCGUGACGCCAUUAAAGAAGAUGUCAAGAAACUGAGCAGUCAAAUCGAGGAAGAGGAGGGAAUACCAGGUGAAACUGAAGAAGACUGGUGGACGGAACAAAACACUGAUCAACAAAACCAUCCAUGA